GACAAAGACUUGGUGGACACGGCUAAACACAAUAAUAAAAAUCAACUCAAGUCCGCGCGCGUUCAAGUUAGUAUAAAUAAUUAUUACUGCAAAGCAGUCGAUUUUAAGGCUUGAGAGUGCGUUGGCUCGAGUAAUCGUUUUCACGCAACAGUUGAUCUCGAAACCGCUGUUGUCGUUCGGCCCGCCAUACUGGAAAAAAUCAAUACCGGAAUCAAGUGCAUAUAUUCGGCGUAUAUAUUUUUCGGUUGCACGAGAUAAUUACAAGUUCUAUGAAACGAUUACACGCCUGGACGCGUCGAUUUAAGUACUAUCUCGCACAGUCCUGCAUCCCCCACUACCCUCGAUUAAAAAUUAACUUUUAAAUUUAGAUUCUAGUCCCAUGCACACACUAAGAUGCGUUACAAAUACACCUUUGUUAUUGUUUCAUUGUGAUUGUAUUCUAUGAAACGUUUCAGAGUGAAUAGUUUUACGACCUGACUGAUGUAUAUUUAGCAGUGUAUGUUUUUAUACUAAUUGUGGUGAGAAUUAUCUUACUAGCACUACGUUGUGAUCUUUUUGUCACCUUUCUCAUAUAUGUUUUCAGAACCCUUAGUUUAUUACCUCUGUAAUUUUACUAUAUUGGAAAGCAAUACAUGUUACAGAAAUUGGGCCGUUAUGGAUUCUAAUAGAUACUAUAGAAAUCAGUUUGAUGACUAUGCCAGUUCUGGUAACCUUAACAUAGUUGUAAACGAUGGCAGUAUGAAACUAAAAGACUGAUGGAGAUCUUGGAAGAAAAUGAAAGAGUAUGGCUUAGCAGAGACGAUUAUUCUGUAUACACUGGAUCAGCAGGGAUUGCAUAUACAUUUUAUCAUUUCGGAAAGUCUUUUAAUGAUGCUACAUAUAUCAAAAAAGCAACAGAUUUAUUAGAAAGAUGUGUUACAAAAUUUAAAAGCAGGCAUGAGAUUACAUUUUUGACUGGAGUUGUAGGACCUUUGGCGUUAACAGCAGUAAUAUUACAUUCGCAACGCAAAGAAGAGGAAGCAAAGCAAUUGAUUCUUAAGUUGAAAUCCUUGGCUACUUAUGUUAUAGAAAAAAGGAGUGAUUUUAGCAGUAGUGAUAUGCCAGAUGAAUUGCUGUAUGGAAGAGCUGGAUAUCUAAGUGGUUUACUCUACAUAAAUGCGAAUAUAUCACCAUCUCCUAUAGAACCUGACAUCAUCAAGCAGGUCGUUGCUUCUAUAAUUAAUUCCGGGAGAUUGUAUGCUACAGCAAAUCAUUGUCAGUCGCCUCUGAUGUAUUCUUGGCAUCAAACAGAAUAUCUUGGCGCUGCUCAUGGAUUGGCAGGCAUAUUGUAUUUAUUACUGCAGGCGCGACAAUAUCUGACGCAGGUACAGAUUGACAGUUAUGUAAAACCAUCAUUGUACUAUCUUCAGAGAUUACAAUUCCCUUCUGGGAAUUUCCCUUCUUCUAUGGAGAGUCAUUCUGACAAACUGGUGCAUUGGUGUCAUGGAGCGCCUGGAAUGUCAGCAUUGUUUUGUUUAGCUCAUAAGAUGUUCGAGGACAAUACAUUUCUCGACACUGCAGCGCGAUGUGCAGAGGUAAUAUGGCAAAGAGGAUUGCUAACCAAAGGAUACAGCAUCUGCCAUGGUGUUUCUGGAAAUGCUUACGCCUUCCUUCAUCUAUUUCAACAUACACAGGACAUCAAGUAUUUGUAUCGAGCCUGCAAAUUUGCCGAAUGGUGCUUCCAUUAUGGAACACAUCAAUGUCGAGCUCCUGAUAGACCUUUCUCUUUGUUUGAGGGUCUUGCUGGUGUUAUUUACUUCUUAAUAGACAUGCAGCAACCGCAUAUGGCUAAAUUUCCGUCAUACGAUAUCUAAGAUGUCUUAGAUACACUCAAGAUUAUACAUAAAAUAUAUGUAUAAGAACACUUAAGGAGGAAGUUCUAAAAAGCUGAUUAAAUUGGAUAGUAUUACA